AUGUCACUGCAGAGGAUCGUGCGUGUGUCCCUGGAGCAUGCCACCAGCGCUGUGUGUGUGGCUGGCGUGGAGACCCUCGUGGACAUUUAUGGAUCGGUACCUGAGGGCACAGAGAUGUUCGAGGUCUAUGGGACCCCUGGCGUGGACAUCUACAUCUCUCCUAGUGUGGAGAGGGGCCGGGAGCGCGCGGACACCAGGCGGUGGCACUUUGAUACGGGGUUGGAGAUCAUCGUGGUCAUGAACUCUCCCAGCAACGACCUCAAUGACAGUCAUGUGCAGAUUUCCUACCACUCCAGCCAUGAGCCCCUGCCCCUGGCCUAUGCGGUGCUCUACCUCACCUGUGUUGACAUUGCUCUGGAUUGUGACCUGAACUGUGAGGGCAGGCAGAAUAGCAGCUUUGUGGACAAGCGGGAUUGGGUCUGGGGGCCUGGCGGGUAUGGAGCCAUCCUGCUGGUGAACUGCGAUAGGGAUGAUCUGAACUGCAAUGACCAGGACAACCGUGACCGGCAUGUGCACUGCCUGCAAGACCUGGAAGACAUGUCUGUCAUGGUCCUGAAGACCCAAGGCCCCGCUGCCCUCUUUGAUGACCACAAACUUAUCCUCCACACUUCCAGCUAUGACGCCAAGUGGGCACGGGUCUUCCACGCCUGUGGUCCUGAAGACUCAUGCAAGUCCUACAGGCACGUGCUGGGCCAGGACAAGGUGUCCUACGAGGUGCCCCGCUUCCAUGGGGACGAGGAACGCUUCUUUGUGGAGGGUCUCUCGUUCCCUGAUGCCAGCUUCACGGGGCUCGUCUCCUUCCAUGUCACCCUGCUGGACGACUCCAACGAGGAUUUCUCUGAGUCCCCAAUCUUCACCGACACCGUGGUGUUUCGUGUGGCACCCUGGAUUAUGACGCCCAGCACCCUACCGCCCCUGGAGGUAUACGUGUGCCGUGUGAGGAACAACACAUAUUUUGUGGAUGCCGUGGCGGAGCUGGCCACGAAGGCCGGCUGCAAGCUGACCAUCUGCCCGCAGAAUGAGAACCGCAAUGACCGCUGGAUCCAGGACGAGAUGGAGCUGGGCUAUGUUCAGGCCCCACACAAGACCUUCCCGGUGGUCUUUGACUCCCCCCGGAAUGGGGAACUGCAGGAUUUCCCUUACAAAAGAAUCCUGGGUCCAGAUUUCGGCUAUGUGACUCGGGAACCACAAGACAGCUCUGUGAGUGGCCUGGACUCCUUUGGGAACCUGGAGGUCAGCCCCCCAGUGGUGGCCAAUGGGAAAGAGUACCCCUUGGGGAGGAUCCUCAUCGGGGGCAACCUGCCUGGGUCCAGCGGCCGCCGGGUCACCCAGGUGGUGCGGGACUUCCUCUAUGCGCAGAGGGUGCAGCCCCCCGUGGAGCUCUUUGUGGACUGGCUGGCCGUGGGCCACGUGGAUGAGUUUCUGAGCUUCGUCCCUGCCCCCGAUGGGAAGGGCUUCCGGAUGCUCCUGGCCAGCCCUAGCGCCUGCUUCAAGCUCUUCCAGGCAAAGCAGAAGUGGGGCCACGGCAGUGCCCUCCUGUUCAAAGGGGUUGUUGGGGAUAAGCCAGUCAACACUGUCUCCAUCAACCAGGUCCUCUCCAACGUAAACCUCAUCAGUUACAAUAAGUUCGUGCAGAGCUGCAUCGACUGGAACCGGGAGGUGCUGAAGCGGGAGCUGGGCUUGACUGAGCAGGACAUCAUCGACAUCCCCCAGCUCUUCAAGACUGAGAGGAGAAAGGCGGUGGCCUUCUUCCCUGACUUGGUGAACAUGCUGGUGCUGGGGAAGCACCUGGGCAUCCCCAAGCCCUUCGGACCCAUCAUCGAUGGCCAGUGCUGCCUGGAGGAGAAGGUGCGGUCCCUGCUGGAGCCGCUGGGCCUCCACUGCACCUUCAUCGACGACUUCACGCCGUACCACACGCUGCACGGGGAGGUGCACUGCGGCACCAACGUGCGCCGGCAGCCCUUCUCCUUCAAGUGGUGGCGCAUGGUGCCCUGAGCCGGUCCCCCUCAUCCUCUCCCCCUGGGGUGGGGCAUGGGCCGGUGCUGAACAAGAAGCAUCAAGAGACCCCAAGGUUCCAGAUAGCACAUUGAGGGGGACUGUCUCUCUCAGAAGCCUUUUCCCUAGAAGUGUUCAUAUCUCACUUGCAACCCAUUUGGUUCUCAGACUUGAUUCUUGUUGGCCUCCCAAGAAGAAAGACCUCACUUCUUGUGGCCUCUCAUGAGGAUCAACAUGACCCAUGGGGAUUCCUCCAAACUCCCCCCUUCCCACCCCCAAAUCCUCUGUUUGGGAUUGAAUUUACUUUGGGGUCUAGAAACAACCAUGUGUCUCAUCUGCCAUCUUGGCCUGUGUGUCCUAAUGGAGGAAGGACCCACAAUUCUGCUUGGGUCUGAUUGCCUCUCACUCUGCAGGGGAACAGCCUUAAAGUCAGAUCCCUCUACCCAGGAGAGAGUCUACACACAGCUUCCCCCAGAGGAAAGGAGGUGUGGUCCAUGUAGAUCAAGGUUGGAUCAUCAGCCUACCUGCCAAGCUUCUGACCAGAUGCUAAACUCUCUACCCUACCCAGUGCCCAGCAUGAACUUUCACAUAGUUGGUCCUUUCUAGAUGUGUGUUGAAGGAAUGACUGUUGGCCCUUAGCCUUAUAAAUGCCCCGUCAUCUGACAUUCAGAAAUCUGGCUUUGUCCAAAAACCUCCAGGAAUUUCCUAGAGAUGAAAGUAUGUGGGGAAUUCUUGGAUUUGGGGAAGCCUAUGGGUGCAAGGGUGAAAGAUGUCCUUCAUAAUGCAUAGGAUGCUUCCUUGGCCCCAGACCUCUCUCUGCAGGAGGGGAGAAUCAGUCCUAGACUUUCUGUUGCCCUCUGGUCAACAUUUUCAUGUCCUGCCAUGCCUCAGGAGAGGGGGCCCAGAGGGGCAGAUCCACCGAGACAGCUCACAGUGGGCCAGCUCUGGGAAUGAACUGCUCUGAG